UUGUCUAAAGUUUUUUUUACUCUUGGGACAACAAAUUACAGAUUAUGUUUAAAGAAAGCGCAAUGUAGUAGAGCUCCAAAUUUAAUUCAAAAUCUAAACAAAUAACCGUUCCCCUAAAAGAAAACUAAAAUUCAUCCCUUCGGCACGCGCAGAAACAAAGGCAGUUAUUGUGGUUGUGACUAGUGAGUGCCUCUGACGAUUGCAUUGCAAGUCCGCAAUCGACAAUAUGUACGGCUUCCUUGCUCCUUGCCUCCCAAGACCACAACACCAUUCUCCCCCCAAAUCAAGAACUCGGGCUACUCCCAGAUCCCAAUUCCCCAGCAGGUGCAUCCUUGUACUACAGGUAGCCACAAGAGCAAAAUCUAAGCCAUGAAGAAGACCGUCGUCCUGUACCCGGGCCUCGCCGUCAGCCACUUCGUCCCCAUGGUUCAGGUCGCCGACGUGCUCCUGGAGGAGGGCUACGACGUCGUGGUCGCGUUCAUCGACCCCACCCUGAAAGGAGACAUCGCCUUGGCCGCCGUCAUCGACAGCGUCGCCGCCUCCAAGCCGUCCGUGGUUUUCCACAAGCUCCCACGAGUCGAGGACGCUCCCACCUUUGUCCAUGACUCCAAGUUCGUGGUCAGGUACUUGGAAUUCGUGGGCCGCUACUGCCAGCACUUCCACGACUUCCUCUUCUCCAUGCCUCCCGGCAGCGUCCACGCCGUGCUUGUGGACGUGAUGUCCACCGAGGUGCUCGGCGUCACCAGCAAGCUCGGCAUCCCAGCUUACGCUUUCUUCCCCUCGAAUGCCUCCGCACUUGCCGUGUUCGUCCAGGCUUCAUCAGUUCGUUCAGAAGGGCAGCCAAGUUUCCGGGAGCUAGGAGACGCGCCUCUAAACUUCCAUGGCGUCCCAACUAUGCCAGCUUCUCAUCUCACUGCUGAAAUGCUCGAGGGUCCAGGGAGUGAGACAUUCAAGACAACGAUGAACAUGAAGAGCAGGAUACAAAAAGCCAAUGGAAUACUUGUGAACACGUCCGCAUCGAUUGAGCCUCGUGCGGUGUCAGCCCUCGGCGAUCCACGGCGCUUGCCAAAAAUGCCUCCGGUGUACUGCGUCGGGCCGUUGGUCGCCGGGAACGGCGGCCAGGCAACAGACAAGCACGAGUGCCUGGCAUGGCUCGACGAGCAACCGGAGCAGAGCGUAGUGUUCCUCUGUUUUGGAAGCACAGGCGCCAGCAACCACUCAGAGCAGCAGCUAAAGGAGAUAGCCAAUGGCCUGGAGAGGGCCGGCCACCGGUUCCUGUGGGUGGUGCGGGCGCCUCCCCACGACGACCCGGAGAAGCCAUUCGAUCCCCGCGCGGACCCGGACCUCGACGCGCUUCUGCCCGCCGGUUUCUUGGAGAGAACUGGGGGUCGCGGCCGCGUCGUCAAGCUGUGGGCGCCGCAGGUGGACGUGCUCCAUCACGCGGCGACAGGGGCGUUCGUGACACACUGUGGGUGGAACUCGGUGCUCGAGGGGAUUGUUGCCGGCGUGCCGAUGCUCUGCUGGCCUCUGUACGCGGAGCAGAAGAUGAACAAGGUGUUCAUGGUGGAGGAAUAUGGAGUCGCCGUGGAGAUGGUCGGCUGGCAGCAGGGAUUGGUGAAGGCCGAGGAGGUGGAGGCCAAGGUGAGGUUGGUGAUGGAGUCGGAGGAAGGCAAGCUACUGAGGGCACAGGUGUCCGAGCACAAGGAAGGUGCGGCAAUGGCAUGGAAGGAUGGCGGCUCGUCGCGCGCUGCGUUUGCUCAGUUCCUGUCGCACGCAGGCAGCGUUUCGGGCAGAGCCUGACACGCCCUUGAUGCAGUGGGUCAGCAAUAAUAAUUUGGUGGUAGAAUUGCUUUGUUCGCAUCUUAGAGCAGCCACAAUGUUGCUCAAAAGUAGUCCAUAGGUAUUAUAAUAAUCUGUAUCAACUAGCUAAAA